UGUAUGUGUAUAUGGACGGUUAAUACUAGAUCUAGUAAGAUCUCAAAUAUAAAAUUUUUAAUAACUUAUUUGAUUUCAUAAUAUUUUCAUUUUCUUUCAAAGAUAUAAUUCCGUAAGUUUCUUUCUAUAAGCAGUUUAAAAAUGCCACGUGAUAUAAGAUCUUACUUUAUGAGUACUACUGUUAAAAAAUCAAAGGAUCAGUCAACGGAUAAAUCAGAUGAUAAACCUACAAUUAAAAGUAAAAAAAGGGCAAUAAUAUCGUCUGACGACGAAGAGGAGGCAAAACCAUCCUCUGUGGUAAAGCGUACCAAGUAUACCAAAAAAUUUAACAAGCAUCAUCUUUUAUCAGACUCUGACGAUGAAGUUGACAAAGUAUCGACUGUUAAAAGUACAAAAGUAGAAUCGAUUAAUAAUACCAAACAAGAAUCACAUGUUAAAGAUAAAUUGAAAAGCACUAUUUCACCAGCAGAAAUGUUUAAUAAAGGAUCGGUGAGACGAGAAACCAUACAGAAAACAAUCAAGAAGAAGGAUGACAAGGAAGAUGACAAGAAGCUUAACGUAAAUAAGUUAAACACGAAGAAAUUAGAAAAGGAAUAUUUACAAAAUGUCAAGGAAGAUGACAAUGAUAAAGAAAGGAAGAAUGAUACGAUAGAUGAUCGAAAAGAAAAGAAAACUAAUCGAACUUCAAAUGAAAAAAAGAAGGACAGUGUAUCUGUCGAUGAUGAAAUAUCAUGCAAAAACAAAGAUACAAAACAAGAAGGUAGAUCUUCUGGUAGUAAAGAAUUAUCAUUAACUAAUGAAGAGAAUAACGUAGAUACACAAAUGAAAAAUGUUCCUAAGAAAGCGUCUAAACGUUCUAAACCUAUUUCCACAAUAGAAAUAGAAGCCAAAAAAGCGAAAAAGGAUAAUUCACUUAACAAUAGUUCAUCAUUAGAUGAAUAUGAAGAAAGAAUUCAAAUGAAAAAACAAAGUUCAAUGUUAUAUCAGAAAUAUCUUAAUAGGGGUGGAGCGAGAAAUCCUGGUUCUAAGGAAAUACCUCAGGGAGCAGAAUAUUGCUUAGCAGGCUUAAGUUUUGUAAUAACUGGAGUUUUGGAUUCGUUAGAAGAUGACGAAGCUAAAGAAUUAAUAAUAAAAUAUGGUGGUCGUAUUUUGCAUCAAGUAUCGAGAAAUACGGAUUACCUCAUAGUAGGUGAAGAAUAUGGACCUGCGAAGAUGGCUAAGGCCAAUGAGUUAAAAAUUAAAAAAAUAUCUGAAGAUGAUUUGUUGGAAUUGAUACGAGUAAGACCUAAAGGAAAAGCUGAAGAUAUCAAAAAAUCUCGUUCAAAAUCUAAGGAAAAUCCAACAUCUAAGAUAGAACAUCGUGAAAUACCAAAAUUGCAGAAAAGUGAUAAAGAAACGGUAGAAACUGUAAAAGAAACAGUAAAACCUGUAAAAGAAACAAUAGAAUCUGUAAAAGAAACGAUAAAACCUGUAAAAGAAACAGUAGAAUCUGCAAAAAAAACUGUUGAACCUGUGAAAUCUUUGGAAACAAAAUUAGAUUCUAAAGUUAUAAAAAACGAUGCUGUUGUAAUAACAAAAGGUUGCGAAGCAUUAGUUGACAAAUACAGACCGAAAAGUACAAAACAAAUAUUAGGGCAACAAGGAGAUAAGAGUUGUGUGAAAAAGUUGCACUAUUGGUUAUCAAAUUGGCAUAAAAAUCGAAACAAGAAACAUGUAAAACCUAGUCCAUGGGCAAAAAAUGAUGAUGGAGCAUAUUUCAGAGCAACUCUGUUAUCAGGGCCACCUGGUAUUGGUAAAACUACUACUGCUCAAGUAGUAUGCAAUGAAUUAGGUUUCGAUCUAUUGGAAUUUAAUGCAUCAGAUACAAGAAGUAAGAAACUUUUAAAGGAAGGAGUUUCCGAAAUUCUAUCUAAUACAACAAUUAAAAAUUUCUUCACGGGAGAAAAGAAUAGUAAACACGUAUUGUUAAUGGACGAGGUAGAUGGUAUGGCUGGUAAUGAAGAUCGUGGAGGUUUACAAGAAUUAGUCAGCUUAAUCAAAUCUACAGAUGUACCAAUAAUUUGUAUUUGCAAUGAUCGUACUAAUCCUAAAAUGAAAACUCUCUCCAAUUAUACAUUUGAACUUAAAUUCCAAAAACCGAGAUUAGAGCAAAUCAGGGCAGCAAUGAAAUCGAUAUGUUUCAAAGAAAAUAUCAAAAUAUCUAAUGAACAACUCGACCAAUUAAUUGAAUCAACUAGUCACGAUAUUCGUCAAGUGAUCAAUCAUUUGUCAUUAUUAAUUGAUAAAUCUGAAAAUGAUAAAAAGACACAGUAUAAACCGAACAAGGACAUAAAAUUGGGACCUUGGGAAGUAAUUAAAAAGGUCUUUACUGUUGAGGAACACAAAAAUAUGAAUAUUAAUGAAAAAAGUGAUCUCUUCUUUCAUGAUUACAAUAUAGCACCAUUGUUCGUACAAGAAAAUUAUCUUUCAGUUAUGCCUGCAGCACCAAAAACUGAAUUAUUAGAGAGAGUCGCGCUGGCAGCAGAAAGUAUAGCAUUAGGAGAUGGUAUAGAAAAAGCGAUUCGAAGUAACAAUGCAUGGUCACUUCUACCAAUUCAAGCAUGUUUUUCUUCUGUUAUUCCUGGUAAUAUGAUGUCUGGACAUAUACAAAGUCAAAUUAAUUUUCCAGCUUGGCUUGGAUGUAAUUCAAGAAGAAAUAAAUUUGAUAGAUUAUUACAAGAGAUAACUGUGCAUGCACGUUUAACUACAGGUGCUAGUAAGGAAGCAGUCAAUUUGGAUUACUUGAAUAAUAUAAGAGAUGCCAUAAUUACACCUUUAGUCUGUAACGGUACUGAAGGAGUAGAUGAAGCAGUUAAUGUUAUGAACCAAUAUCAUUUGUUAAGAGAAGAUUUAGAUUCCUUAAAUGAAGUUUCUAUGUGGCCAGGAAAAAGAAAUUCAUUUCAAUCAAUAGAGAGUAAGGUAUUAGCAGCCUUUACUAGAACCUAUAACAAAAACUCUCCUGGAUUACCAUAUUCUAUUACUACCAGUAAGACAAAAAAAUCAGCAGCAACUUCGCAAGAAGAUUUAGAAUCUAUAGAAGCUAUAGAAGAUGAUAUAAAUUCAGACGAAGAGGAAGACAACAUUAAUUUAGAUAAAAUGAUAAAAGCAAAAAAGCCAACGGUAAAAAACAAAAAAGAAACUGAAGAAAAAAGUAAUAAAAAACCUACCGCCAAACGUGGAAAAGGAUAA